GAAAUUACGCAACUAUACUUUCGAAAACACAGGCGGGCAACCUUAAGCAACUAAGCUAAUGUGAAUAUAAUUCACUCGAGCCUUUUUAGAAAGUACUAUUUACAUGCCAUUCGAAAGGCAAGCAUACUAGGAUUUAUCCUAAUCUUUAGCGGCACUUGACAUAUUUUCACAGGUAUAUAAGAGAAGAUCAGCGACUCACAGUGUGUUAAGGAUGUCUUUAGAAUACAUGCACUUUUCCCAUGCACGUCUGAUAUUAAUGCAUAUUAUUUACCCAUCGUGCUGGUAACCAUAUCUAACGCUUUUUAUAACGUGGCCACGUCAUUUGCAGACUGCGCAAACUCCUUGACAUGUUCAGCUGAUCGACGUGAAGAUGCCGACGGAUCCGGUACGGUUGGGUCGGAAGCGCCCGGUCCCGUCCUGCCCGAACCCGCUAUUCCUGCAGUGGUUAACAGAGUUACGGGACCACGCUAAGGAAAAGGGCUUGAAAACGCAGUACGUGUACCAAAAGGCCAUAAACUCUUUGAAGAGAUAUCCGCUCCCGCUGAAAAACGGAAAAGAGGCGAAGAUCCUGCAGAAUUUCGGCGACGGGAUUUGCAAGAUUUUGGACGAGAGGCUUCAGAAGCAUUACCGUGAAAACGGUUCUGAUGCUCCAAUCCACUUGGCUACAUCUUGCCAAAAAAGCAACAUGGCUUCCUCUAAACAGAUGGAAGAACAUCACAAAGAACCUUCGGGAAACGAUGGUGAACUUAUGAAACAGAGACAAAAAUCUGUACGAAAGGAAGAAGCAACUAAGAAAAAGAGAGAAUAUGUGCCGCAGAAGAGGUCUGGAGGUUAUGCUGUACUGCUCACAUUGUAUAGACAUGCACAGAUGCCUGGGAGCAAAGGCUUCAUGUUUAGGAAUGAACUACAAACUGAGGCACAACUUUUGUGUGACAAGUCCUUCACAGUGCCUGAUCUUGGUAGCAAGUACACUGCCUGGUCCUCAGUGAGCACGCUUAUUCAGAAAGACCUUCUGGUGAAGACUCACAGUCCUGCCAGGUAUUCAUUGACUGAACAGGGUCUGGCUUUAGCCGAGAAGCUGGAUUCAAAAGAGAGUGGGAUGGAUAAAGAACAAGCGGAAGAAAAGAGCGAAGAGGAAAUCUCUGGGCAUAGACCUGGGGUUGUGGACCUGACUUUGGAGGAGGAGGAAGAUGAGGAGAAAGGAGAGAAAGAGAGCUGCUCAAGCAAGUCUUCAGAAAGGAUUACCACAGCUCUGUCUGUGAACCAGGCCAAGAAUCUUGCCCCUGCGUCAGAUGCCACAGGAAAAGGUUGCUAUCUUCUCCCUGGCUUUUAUGACAUUGUGUUAUGUGUUGACUUCAUUGAGACAACAGGGGGAAGCAGUGGACGCAAGCAAGAAUUGGUUAAGGAACUGCAAAGGAAUGGUGUGACCUUUGACAUCAGGAAACUGAAUGUAGGGGACUUCCUUUGGGUGGCACGUGAGAAAGUGGCACCUGUGCCAGGACAGUUACGUCCUCCAGUGGGAACAGAGCUAGUGCUUGAUUACAUAAUUGAGAGGAAGAGAAUGGAUGACCUGUGUGGAAGCAUCAUAGACGGACGCUUCAGGGAGCAGAAGUUCCGACUGAAGAGGUGUGGUCUGUGUAAACCCAUUUAUCUAGUGGAGGAGUGCGGAUCAGCAGCAGCUCAUCUCAGUUUACCUGAGAGUACAUUACAGCAAGCUAUAGUCAACACACAGGUGGUUGAUGGCUUCUUCGUGAAACGCGUACAAGAUGUGAAGGAGUCAGCUGCUUACCUCACUAUCAUGACCAGAUACCUCCAGAAACUCUACCAGAAUUGCACUUUAAUCUGUCGCUCCAGAGAACUGGAAUGGGAUGGAGAGAAUGAGAGGGAGGAAACGGAGAACCUCUCCUGUUCUCUCAUGUCCUUUACAGAGUUUAACCAUGGGGCUAUUAAAAACAAGUGCCAAACAGUGCGGGAAGUAUUUGCGAGACAGCUCAUGCAGAUCAGUGGAAUAUCUGGUGAUAAAGCGGCCGCUGUGCUUGAACACUACAGCACAGUCAGCAGUUUAUUGAAGGCAUAUGAUCAGUGUUCCAGUGAAACAGAAAAGGAGAAGCUACUGUCAUCCAUCAAAUAUGGAAAACUCAAAAGCUGCAUCCAGUGAAGCAGUCGUUAGCUGCCUCUCUGUGCCAAGAGUCUCACUGGAAGUGUCUUCUCCUCACUCUGCUCAUGUUUGGCUGUUUCGGCACACUGGGCUGGUGCAACCUCUGCAAAGUUCCA